AAGUUGAGGAGGGAGUCCGAUUGCAUUGCUGGAAAGUUCCAGAUCUCCGCGUAAUAAGGACUGCAAAUGUAUCUUCUCCUUAUUAGUUUGAUUCGCUUGGAAAGAACAAAAACAAACUAUUUUAAAGCGUCCUGUGUUUCUCAGUGUUCCAGCUAAAGAUAUAUUUCGCGCGAUGUGUUCCGCGUAGCUCUCUGCCGUGAAGUCGAACACCUCCCGCCGCGGCUCUUCCACCCAGGAAAUGACGCCCUCGGCUCGGCUUCAAACUUGCACAGGCGGGCGCUACGCGUUGCUUUCUUAUUCGGAAGCAUAAAAUUGGGAUGUUUUAAGUUAUUUUCUCGUGUGUGUGUGUAAACAGGUUUAGUUGUGAAGGCCGGCCGUGUCCGCGCUGGGCUGCUCGCCGUCUUUUUCAUGGUUUUUCCUGUCAGAAUGAGUUUACAUGAGAUCAGCGAGAACGUGAAGCUCGCCCGGGAGUAUGCCUUGCUGGGGAACUACACGUCUGCCAUGGUCUGCUACCAGGGUGUCCUCGAGCAGAUCAAGAAGUACGUCUUUUCAGUUCGUGAUGCUGCUUUACAGCAAAAAUGGCAACAGGUUUGGCAGGAAAUUGGUCAGGAGAGCAAGAAUGUGAGAGAAAUAAUGAACACUUUGGAAAGCUUUCAACUGGAGAACACUCCCUCCAAACCAAGCAGUCAAGAUGGAGACCUUUGGCCAGUGCAGGUGGAACGCAGGUCGUCGCCCUGUCCAGUGAGGCGACCUUCACAGGCCCCCAGCAGAGAUGGCAAACCGGUGAAUAACCGCCUGAGUGCAGCAGUCCGACCGCCGCACCGGCCGUCACCACGGGGAUCCAAUGGAGAGCGAGCCAAAGGUCCUAAAGGCAAAGAGAAGAAAGAAACAGGGAAGUCUAAGGAAGACAAGAACAAGUCUGACAUCUCUGAGACGGAAGUGAAGAAGUUUGAUGGGACUGGAUAUGACAAGGAUCUGGUAGAGGCCUUGGAACGGGACAUCAUAUCACAGAACCCAAAUGUGAAGUGGGAUGACAUUGCAGACUUAGAAGAAGCUAAAAAGCUGUUGAAAGAGGCUGUUGUGCUGCCUAUGUGGAUGCCUGAGUUUUUCAAGGGAAUUCGGCGACCGUGGAAGGGAGUGCUCAUGGUUGGCCCGCCAGGCACAGGAAAGACAUUGCUGGCCAAAGCUGUUGCCACAGAGUGCAGGACCACAUUCUUUAACGUGUCCUCGUCCACGCUCACUUCUAAGUACAGAGGGGAGUCUGAAAAGCUGGUCCGGCUGCUUUUUGAAAUGGCUCGAUUCUAUGCCCCCACCACCAUUUUCAUCGAUGAGAUAGACUCCAUGUGCAGCCGUAGGGGCACGUCUGAGGAGCACGAAGCCAGCCGCAGGGUGAAGGCCGAGCUGCUCAUCCAGAUGGAUGGAGUUGGUGGGGCAUCAGAAAAUGACGACCCUUCUAAAAUGGUCAUGGUCCUGGCAGCCACAAACUUCCCGUGGGACAUCGACGAGGCCCUCAGACGACGCCUGGAGAAGAGGAUUUACAUUCCUUUGCCAUCAGCCAAAGGCAGAGUGGAGCUGCUGAAGAUAAAUUUGAAGGAGCUGGAACUGGCCAGCGAUGUAGACUUGACAAAGAUUGCCCAGCAGAUGGAGGGCUACUCUGGAGCGGACAUAACCAAUGUCUGCAGGGAUGCAUCACUAAUGGCCAUGCGACGGCGCAUUGAGGGCCUGACACCAGAGGAGAUUCGCAAUCUCUCACGGGAGGAGAUGCACAUGCCCACCACCAUGGAGGACUUUGAGUCAUCUCUCAGGAAGGUGUCCAAGUCCGUGUCAGCGAGUGACCUGGAGAAGUACGAAAAGUGGAUUGCCGAGUUUGGCUCCUGCUGACCUAGAGUCAGGUCAGUGGGCAUUCAUCCCAGAUUUAGCAGGAGAUUGUUGGGCACAGCUCUCCUACAUGUGGUACCACGGCCAGAUACUGACAGUGCUGUAGUUCACUUUGCAAUUUUUCCUGUUAAUCACUGAACUGACAGCAUGCCCAGUGAGUUUGGCCUGGCCAUUCCUCUGAUUAAUGACAAUGUGGGAUGAUUUUGCAAUUCACUUUAUUGAACUUUAACAUAUAAGAGAGGCAGUGAGAGGUUGUGCAGUUUGAUGAGGGGAUGUGCAAAACGUCACAGUUGACGUCCACUAACUAAUGUGGAGACCAUUCCAAAUGAAAAAGGCCUCUUCUACUGCGUGACCUUCAGCUUUUGCCUUUAUUUUUCCCAGUACCAAAGUGACCACUUUGUCGCGUACCGGGUUUUAGCCUCCGCGGAGUGACAUGUCACUCAGAUUUUUCUCAUACUUCUGAGCGGUUUGUUUUAUGUGCCUGAUUUUAUAAUGGACCUAGACAUCCCUUCCUGAAAUCACUACAUGACAUCCACAGGUGGAUGUUUGAAGAAUGACAGUAAAGUGAGAACUCUGUUAAUAAAGCUAUUUAAAACAAAA